AGUCGUCGAACUGUAUGAGGUGCACACAACUAGGCAAUCACCUCGCAAAAAAGAAAAGUACACCACCAGAAAGAAAUUAACCAUGCCUGCUUGCCAUAGAGGGCGAACAAUGCUAUGGCUCGCCAUAGCGUUCGCUUCUUUGGAGCUCGGCCUCAUCACCGGCGGUGCAGUGGCGGAAUGCCCGGACACCAAGUGCGGCAGCGUGGACAUCCCUUACCCAUUCAGCAUCGGCCCAGGCCGCUGCGCCAUGCCUGGAUUUGAGCUAGCCUGCAAGAACUCCAGGCCGUUCCUCGGAGAUUUCGAGGUCGUCAACAUCUCCCUUCAGCUCAGUCAGCUCCGGGUGCUGAAUAAGAUAUCUUCUUUCUGCUACAAUCCUGCAUCUAAGUUGAUGGAACCAAAUACAUUUCAGAGUGACUUGGACACUCCGUUCAUGUUGUCCGACACCGGCAACAAGUUCACCGUCAUCGGGUGCCGAACACUGGCAUAUAUUGCCGAUAAGGACAACGUGGGCAAGCUCAUGAGCGGGUGCGUGUCCGCCUGCCGGCGAGGUGACGUGACGAGCGCCACCAACGGUACCUGCUCUGGGGUAGGCUGCUGCCAGACAACCAUCCCCAAGGGCCUCCCUUAUUACCAGGUCUUCUUCGACCAAGCCUUCAACACGUCGGACUCGAUCUACAACGCCACCCUAUGCAGUUACGCUGUGCUCAUGGAUUCGUCCGACUUCAAGUUCUCAACAAGCUACUUGACUUCGCCGGAGUUUAACACCUCCUACGGCGGCCGGGCGCCAAUGCUACUGGAUUGGGCUAUCCGAACUGUGAACAACUGUGACGAAGCACAAAAAAAUCUCACGUUAUACGCGUGUAAAAGUGACAAGAGCGAGUGCUUCAAUUCCUCCAAUGGACCAGGCUAUAUAUGCAAUUGCACAAACGGGUACCAAGGAAAUCCUUAUCGACAGGAUGGUUGCCAAGAUAUUGAUGAGUGCAAGGAACCAAAUAAGUAUAUUUGCUAUGGAAAAUGCAGAAAUAAAGAUGGAGGCUCCGACUGUACUUGCCCCUUCGGUACACGAGGCAAUGCACACACCGGACCAUGCGACGGAGGGCUAGCUAUCGGAAUUUGUGCGUCCCUUUUGGUUACUCUAACUAUUUUACUUGGGAUAGAAUGGUUCAGAUAUAAACAACGAAUCAUAAGAAAAGACCUCAUGAGACAGAGGGAAGAACUCAUGAGACAGAGGGAAGAGUAUUUUCAUCUACGUGGAGGCCAAUUGUUAAGAAAUAUGAUGAGCAGAGAUAACAACAUUCCAUUUAUGUUGUAUGACCGAGAUCAAAUUGAGUCGGCGACAAAUGGGUUCGACAACAUGUUAGUAAUCGGUCAAGGAGGUCAGGGGACUGUUUAUAGGGGAUGUAUUAAUCUUCAUCCAGACAACCCUGUUGCAAUCAAGAAGUGCAAGGGAUUUGAUGAGGAUAGUUGGGCAGAAUUUACAGAUGAGCUGCUCAUACUUUCUCGAGUCAACCAUGAAAACAUCGUCAAGCUUCUUGGUUGCUGUCUUCAGUUUGAUGUUCCAAUUCUUGUCUACGAAUUUGUCCAAAAUAAGACUUUGUACAAUCUAAUCCACAUCCAAAAUGAUCCAUCCAUCAGAACACUGGAGAUCCGCCUAAAAGUUGCUGCUGAGUCUGCUGAAGCACUUGCAUAUCUACACUCAUCAGUCGACCACCCUAUCAUCUUACAUGGGGAUGUCAAGUCCACCAACAUACUACUCAACAAAAAUUUUAUCGCAAAGGUUUCCGAUUUUGGGUGCUCUAAAAUUAGGACCGCGGAUGAGAACUAUGAUGUGGUGAAGGGGACAAUGGGAUAUCUAGAUCCUGAGUAUCUUCGGAACUUCCAGCUCACCGAUAAGAGUGAUGUUUACAGCUUUGGUAUAGUUCUUCUUGAGCUCUUAACCCGGCGAAUGCCAUUAUCCGUGGAUAAGGUCAGCCUCGCGUUAAUAUUUCAAGAGGCCAUGAGAGAAGGCCACUUCCUUGAGCUCAUAGACGCAGAAAUAUUGCACGAAGAUAACAUGGGAUUGAUAAGUGAUCUGGCAACUCUAGCAAGCCAGUGCUUAAUAAUGACUAGCGAGAGCAGACCAACAAUGAGCACGGUUGCAGAUGAAUUGCGCCGGCGAAUGGCGGGACAAGUACAACAAGACCAAGGGGUACUUACAGGUAUUAGUUCUUCAUUGGCCCUGAUAGCAAGUUCCGGUGCAAACACAUCGGAGUAUUUCACAGGUGAACGAUCCACAGAUUAUUACGACCUUGAGAGGGUGGCCUCAAUGAACAUAGAAUUUGCUAGAUGACCGCACAAUUACUACAUGUUUUGUUGUUCCAUUGCGAGUGCUUCUAUUUAUAUGCCAAUAACAUUUGUCUUACUGUAUCUCCAUUUAUAUAGUAGCUAUAGAUUAUGUUUGUUACGUAGUAGUAUGUCCCUCUGAAAACUUUGUUGUAUCACAAGGUGUGCCUAGUUAAUAUGAAGUAAUCGUAAAUAUAUCUUGUUUUCUUUAAGACUGGCGCAUUGAUCCUCUCGUUUAUCCAAAUAAUCUCUAUUCGCAUCCAUCUGCUGCCUUGGAGAAUUGCAUCAGACAUGAGAGGAACUUCUCAUCGACAAUAUGUUACCAUUUUCCCCCUCUAAAUAAGUCGACAACUUCCAUGUUUGGAGCGGUUGUGCCAUUGAGUGUCGUGUGUCGACCUACAGGUGUCGUUUUUGUAGAACUUACAUUUUGUUCCUACUAUACAUAAACAGAGAUGGCUGCCGGUUGGAAAAUCUUCAUGUGUGUUGGAUUUCCCAGCCAGCACCCUACAGGCGAUACUGAUGAGGAGGAAUCAAAGGUACCGAUUUAGGCU